GAUGCGUGUCAUCGCUCGAGAAAGAGUAAUGGCAUCCGCGGCAAGUGCACGACGUUCUCGCGGUUCGUCUGUUACGUUAUAAGCGUGAUGUGUGUAUAUGGUCGAUAGAAUUUUUUAUCCUCACUCAUUCACUAAUAUCUUUGUACGGUCUGGAAUGCUUGCGUUAGAGGAUUCAGAAUCGUAAAAUUUCACAGGAGGGCGAUAACAGUAACGAGUUUGUAGGGAAAGCGUGGUGUUUGAACUGGUGGUUGUGUACAUGCUUUCAUUGAGUGCUUCGCGAACUGAAAACUUUGAAACGUGAAUCGAAUCGUCGCGGUGUUUCCAAUUAUCGAUCCUAACGAAUUGACGAUGAACUAAUAUUACAAUCGCACAUCUGGCGAUUAUCUGUCUCUAUAAUCUUAAGGGAAACUGAACUGUUAUAUCCGUGUGUCCCAUGGAACAUUGUGACGUAUUUUAUAAUGUCCCCCAAUGUAAUACCAUUGUGGAUAUGAUGAAGCUUGUCUGACCCUUAUUGUCUAUUUAAGUCGGACAAACUGUAACUUUAUUCGUAUGUACAUCAUUUCGUAAUGUCUGCCAAUGCUCAAUUUGCGAAUCCACCGCCAGCUAUAAGCUUACCCAACAUGUCGGUACCACCACCUACAACACCGAAUUUAUCAGCGCCACCGCCAAAUUUAACUACUAUAAACACAUCGGGAAGCUAUCAGCACCGGUAUACAAACCAUAGAGAAGGCAGUCGUGGUUAUUACAAGCAGUUUAGGCCAUAUCAUCCACCAAAGGCUCCUGUUGGAGGACAGGAUACUUUGCAAGAUGAGUUUGAUGGAAAACGCCUUCGGAAAUCUGUUAUGCGAAAGACUGUUGAUUACAAUUCUGCCAUCAUCAAGAGCCUAGAAAAUCGGGUGUGGCAACGGGACUACAGAGAUCGACGAGCGCUUCAACCAGAUGUAAUAUACUAUCCUGACUUACUUCCUCCACCAAGUUACAUUGACAACCCAAUAAAUGCAGUCACUACAAGGUUCGUCAAGACAGCUACAAAUAAAAUGCGCUGUCCAAUUUUUUGUAUGGCUUGGACACCAGAAGGUAGACGUCUUGUCACUGGCGCCUCAAGUGGGGAGUUUACCUUGUGGAAUGGUCUUACCUUCAAUUUUGAAACUAUUCUACAGGCACACGACAGCCCAGUAAGAACAAUGGUGUGGUCGCACAAUGAGAGCUGGAUGGUAACGGGGGACCACGCAGGCUACGUGAAGUAUUGGCAGAGCAACAUGAACAACGUCAAGAUGUUUCAGGCGCACAAAGAAGCGAUUAGAGGACUCAGUUUCAGCCCAACGGAUCACAAAUUGGCGACCUGCAGCGACGACGGGACCGUCAGGAUUUGGGAUUUUCUUCGCUGUCAUGAAGAACGCAUCCUUAGAGGUCACGGUGCAGAUGUCAAAUGCGUGCAUUGGCACCCUCAAAAGAGUCUAGUCAUUUCCGGCAGUAAAGACAAUCAGCAGCCGGUCAAGCUAUGGGAUCCGAAGACCGGCCAGUCGUUGGCCACUUUGCAUGCGCACAAGUCAACCGUGAUGGAUGUCAAGUGGAAUGAAAACGGUAACUGGCUGGUGACAGCGUCGAGAGAUCAUCUUCUGAAAUUGUUCGAUAUCAGGAAUCUGAGCCAAGAAGUACAGACUUUUCGUGGUCACAAGAAGGAGGCUUCUAGUGUUGCUUGGCAUCCAAGUCAUGAAGGUCUUUUCUGCAGUGGCGGUAGCGAUGGCGCCAUACUCUUUUGGCAUGUAGGGGCCGAUAAGGAGGUAGGAGCUAUCGAGCAGGCGCAUGAUAGCAUCGUCUGGACAUUAGCUUGGCAUCCACUGGGACAUAUCUUGUGUUCUGGUAGCAACGAUCACACGUCUAAAUUCUGGACACGCAACAGGCCGGGUGAUCUAAUGAGAGACAAAUACAAUCUCAACACGUUGCCGGCGGGCUCGGCCGGCGUCGACGAUCACGAAAUUGCUGAUGAAGCGGCGGUAAUACCUGGCAUGGGACCGGAGGACAGAAUUAACGCCGACGGUGAAUCCGAGGAUAAGAGUGGAGGAAUUCCGGGAUUAGACCUGGAUCAUGCAGUAGACGAGGGCAAGAAAUUCGCGAAUAAGAAGGUUCCGUACAGCAAGCCAAUACCUCGGAACUUCCAAGCUCAGUGGAACGAGAUGGAGGCCGAGGAUAUGGAGCAAGUCGAGGCCUUGAACGCCUUUGUGAACCAGUUACUCGAAACUACGCCUGGUGCUGUGCCAUUGAACGAAGUUACACCUGACGCUAUCUUCUUGUACGGGAAAAUGAUUCCUGUAGAAUCGGGUUCCAAAUUAGCGGAGGCGAUCAGCAAAGGCAACGAGGCCAUCAACAAGUUAGUAUUUUCUGGAGAAAUAGAGGAGUUACGGGACGUGGUGGGUUCACCGGACAACGUAGACGAAGCCGAGGACUAUCUGCAGGACGACAGUGAGAUCGACUACUCGAAAGUACCAGAUAUAGACCUGCCGCCGCCUCUGCCUAGCUCCAAGUUCGCACAGAACCCUGAACUGCUGAAGACGCUGAAUCGCGGUGGUAAACGCAAGUUCGAUCAGCUGAUUGGCUGGAGUGAUGGUGGAGCGAGCGAUCGUACGUCCAAGAUCCAUCAACCGGUGUUCGGCGGUAUAAUGACUGAAGACUCGCAGUCCAGCGAUACCGACCUGAGGUUUGGCAAGUUGAACGCUUUGUCUGCGGAGAGUAAUUCCUUCCACAAUCAAGACGAUGACCAUCACAGAAGAGGAGGACCUCAUGAUCUUGCGAAUAGCCGUGGCGACGAGGACUUAAGGUUCAGCUUGGCCGUAGGACUCGGCAGACCGGGUGGUUCGCACAGCGAGUACGAUUCGCGCAACAGUUUCGCUGACAAGGACUUCCGCUUCCCUCCGAAGAAGUCGCUGGACAACGACAUCUAUGACGACCGAGAUCGCGACAGCCUUAAUCGAUGGGACGACGAGAAGAGUGGCGACGGGCCGCAGCGUAAAUCAGUGGACGGUGGUGUAUUUGGUGGUAAUGGCUUCGACAAGCGCGACAAUUUAGGUGCGAUGGGAGGACCUGGCUUACAUCAUAUGAUAGGUGGUAUACCCCACGGUAUGCCAAAUCACCAUAACAUGCAGAACAUCAAUCCCAACAUGCCCCCACCACUACCGAGUUUGGUGCCACAUCCUGGCAUGUCGCAGCAUCCUGGUAUGCAGGGUAAGCCACCGCAUCCUGGUAUGCCCGGCCUGUCUGACGGCCCGAUACCGCCGCAUAUGAUACCACAUCAUCCCAGUUUGCAUCCUGGUUUUGGACCGAACUUCCGACCGCCACCCAACGGAAACUUCGGACCGAACCACUUCCGACCAAGUCCAUUACCGCCAUUCGGACCGAAUCAGGGCCCGCCGCCGCCACCGCCGUUCGGCAACGGUUUCCAAGGUCCACCUAAUUUCCGUGGCCCGAACGGUGGUCCAUUGAACUUCGACCGGCCCGGCUUCGGGCCGAACUUCCGCGGUCAGAACCCGCCGAAUCAAUUAAACAGCUUCAACUCCAACUACGGCAAGUAUGGCGGCGGCAAGAGUGGCGGCAAGAACGGACCUAGUCGCGGCAUGAGUCGGAGCGGUGGCGGUGGCAACAGCAGCGGUAGCGGCGGUGGUGGCGAUAACUCGGGUAGGAGUGGCUACAAUAAUCGUGGCAGAGGACGCGAUAAUGAUCAGUCGAGAAGUACGAGGGGUAGGGAUAAUUACUGAAGGAGAUCCUCGGGAACUACGAACAAACUCGUAGAUGAUUUGGUUCUUGCAUGUUGAUGUACAGGUGUCAUGCACGUGUACGUGGAGUACACGUUUUCACGAGGAUUCCGCAGUGAUUCGAAUGUACGGACAGUGAGAAUGACUCGCUGCUUGGACCGUCAGUGCAUGUAAGAUAAUGUGCCGUACUUGUGAGCCGUGUUCGUGGCGUACCAGCAUUCUCAAAUGACACUCGCGAACUCUCUUGCUAUCGUAUGUGUGCAAAGACACACUAUAUUCUUAGACAAACUCUAUACAUACACACACAAUAUAUUUUCGUGAUUCGCUCAUCGUGAGGGCGAUCGAGUGAUCUACUUUGUGUAAAAAUCAGUCGCAUCGGCUGUGCUUGAUUUCUUCAAUCUGAAAGAAAGAAGAUGAACCGUUAACUUGAUCAUGCAAAAGAUAUUAGUCGGAAAGGAUCAAUUGAGAAAGAUCGGUAGCAAGCUGUUCGUUCUGCAAACUUGAGUUCACACCUGAUGACUACGUUGUACGUAACUGUCGUAAAGCUCAGGAUUAUUGAAUGGAUUUUAAAUCCUGAGCGAGAGAGAUACCUACGCGUGCUUUCCUUUACUAUUUUCUAAGUCUCUUCUUUCUAAAUCGGUCGUUGUGACAGAAAGAAAGGUAAAAUGGAUGCAGAGAGAAAGAGAGAGGGAGAGAGAGAGAGAGAGAGAGAGAAAGAGAGAGAGAGAGAGAGAGAGGGAGAGAGAGAUACAUUGAAGCAGAACGAAUCUAGCAAGUUGCGGUUUAGUUCUUUCUCUAGAGAAUUACUCGUUUAAACGAUUCUUUUCCACUCAACUAUUUUAUCUCGCUCAAUUAAUCUGAUCUAUCGACGCGACUAGACAUUUGCCACAUACGAAGGAUCUCCUCCAGCACAAGGAGACGAAAUUGUAAUAUAAUACAUUAAGGAUCAGCGAACACGAAUAUUAUUCCGAGAGAAACUGUUCACAAGCUGCCUUGCGAGGGAAUUUCCUGUUUCGUCUGCGGAGCCCGACGAUGCGCAAGGACGAUCGUCGGGGAUAUAUGUAACUAGAAAAAAAUGCGAACAAACAAUUUAUGACACGUUCAUCAUCUGAGGCGUGUGUGAGAGAGCCGGAGCAGUCUACCUACUUAUUAUUAAUAAAACGGAAUAAUGUAUAGCAUCCUUCGUUUCUGUUCCUGAUGUCGCAUGUACGAUACAGUGAGAGAACCAGUCAAUCAAGAUAACGAUGGCACAGAAAAAAGGAAUAUAUAUUGAGGAUUUUGAUGUAAUUCAGAAUACAAAUCAUUUGUAGAAUGAUUGUGCUGUGCAAAUCAUGACUCAGUUAUCAAUUCUUGUUGUUGCUUUAUAAUAUCUGUCGUGACUUUUGACAAUUUUUUGAUAAUUGAUGUUUCGGUAUUCAUAGUUAUCCUGAUUGACUUUUUAUCAGUUUCUUCUCAUCCUGCAUGGUAUGUGAUUAUAAUAAUUUACUUAAAAUUGGAUGGGAUUGCUAUAAAUUACUAAAAAAAAAAAAUUGUUUAUGUGAAAGAUUGAAACUUACACAAUUUCAAAAGGUUUAAUUUUCUACAAUAUAAAUAAACACACGAAUUGUUUUGAUUGUCCCAAUUAAACAUUAAGGCUAUUUUCGCGUAGCAACAAUCAAAAGUUGAACGUAGAAUAAUUGCUAUUCAAUUUUAUAAUUACGUUACCAAGUGGCAAUUGUGCGAAAUCCGUGGUCUUUUAAUUAAAA